AUAGCGGCGUGGUGGUUCGACGCUCACCAGUGGAACGUUUUUGUCAGCCGCUCGGAGAACGUGUGUCGGAUACGAUGUAAUCCAACGCCAUCACUAUUCUGUUCUCCGGUCGGCAAAUUGGAUCAUAUGACGUCUCAGCUCGCCCUUCAUCACCGCGAGUGCGGCGUAGCCACAGUUUCAGAAUGUGCAACUCCGGUACCUGCCAAUGACGAAGUUGUCGUCAAAGUUGCCGCUGUGUGUCUGAACCCAAUUGAUUGGAAGAUACUCUACGGUGCUAAGUCGUCAGCACCAACCAUUCUUGGUUGCGACCUCGCUGGCACGGUUGCCUCUAUUGGCGAUGAGGUUACGGCAAUCGAGGUCGGCGAUCGUGUCAUUGGCUUUACAGCAGGAGGCAAUCCUUUGAGACCAAACGACGGCGCUUUUGCCCAGUAUGUUGCUGUGCCGGCCCACGUCGUUUUACAUAUUCCUCAUGAUAUGUCGUUUGAAAGCGGUGCAACUCUGCCAACGCCCAUCUUCGUCAGUGGGUUCUCUCUCUAUCGAAAUCUCUCAGUGCCAUAUCCAUCUCUUCCAAGUGAAGCGGUCAGCAGCACACCUACGACAGACGACGAGAGCAGAAGCAAAUCGAUCUUGAUUUAUGGAGGCGGUACUUCAAAUGGCUUAAUGCAAAUACAAUUAGCCAAACUGUCGGGCUUGCUCGUAUACACCGUGUGCUCUCGGGCCAGCCAUGAGUUAGUGAAGCAAUGCGGCGCCGAUCACAUUUUCUAUCAUGAUGCGCCAUCUACUUUAGAAGAUUUACGAAUUGCUACACAAGGCAAGAUACAAAUUGCAGUCGACUGCAUAGCAACGGAGCAAUCAGCUGCCAUUUGUGCUUCUAAUAUGGAAGUUUCUGGAGGAAAGUACAUCAGCUUUACGGGAGCUAGAAUUCGUGAUCGACGCAUUACGACUGUCAACAUCUUCGGAUUCACGAUGCUGAACAUAGAAUUUCUGUUUGAAGCUAUAGGGAUUCGAGCAGACAUAAAUGUCGAAGACGUAACGUUUGCAACUGAUUUUGCCCGCCGUGCUGAGCGGCUCAUUGCGCGAAAUGCAAUUAAACCCAGCGCUGCUGAAGUUCGCCCCGGAGGGCUGGAUGGAAUCGUUUCUGGGUUAGAAGACAUGAAAGCUGGAAGAGUACGGGGGAGGAGACUUGUAUACGUUGUUGAUCAGCCCAAUAAACGGUAA